UAUGGCCCAGUUGCUAUGGCGACAGCGUGUACACCAUCCAUGGGAGCCGGCUGGGAGGAGCGGGGGAAGAUGGCCACCCUGGCCAGGCUUCAAGGAAGGCGGCGGGACUUCAAGGAGGGGUAUUUCCAUAGGAACAGAUGUGUAGAUGAAUUUCGAAAGACAGAACAUUAUGCUGCUGUAAAAAUUCAGAGUUGGUUUCGAGGAUGCAAAGUCCGGGCAUAUAUCAGGUUUCUGAACAAAAUGAUGGUUUUUAUCCAGAAAUGGUGGCGGGGUUAUCAAGGAAGAAAAAAAUUCAGAAAAAUGGUGGAGACAGCAUAUUUUAUUAUGAAGAUGAAUUUCUACAAUGAAAUGGCUGUCAGGAUUCAAAAAAGAUGGCGAGGCUAUUACAUCCGAAAAUAUAUCCAUAAUUAUUAUGCACUGAAGAAGUACCUGGAAGCUAUUUCUUUGAAUAAUGAGAUAGUCAGGAAAGAACUGGAAGAGUUUGCCGAGAUGAAGGAGAAAGAAGAGGAGAAAAAAGCUCUCGAAAGGGAAGAAAAGAAAAAGGAUUACCUCGCCCGAAAGAUGCAUUACCUCCUUAGCACUGCGCAGAUUGCAGGUGUAUACAACUCACCAUACAGAAAAUCACCUCAUCCAAUGGAAUUGCAGUUAAGGAAAGCUAAGCCUUUGAAACACAGACCACAACAAAGCCAGAAGGGUGCUAUGGAUUUCUACUGGGACUCAGAUUCCUUUAGUUUUCGAUCAGAGCCACCUCUUCCUCCAAUUGGAAGGCAAAAACCUCAGGGCCCUUUCCGUGAUCCUGCUGAAGUACUGCAGCAACGUUUCAAGCCUCUGGAACCAUCCUUGAGACUGACAGCGUCAAAUACUUCACUAAGGAAUGCAAGAGAGAAAUAUAAACAAGAAGAAUGGAGAAACCGUGUGCAUGAUGAUGUGUUUUUGCCAUUCUCAUACAAAAUACCUGAAAAGUAUGUCCCAUCAAUGCAAAGAGCAAGUCAAUAUGGUCAGUCAGAUUAUGGACUCAAACACUUCCGGGAACAAUACCCAAAGAAGUGGGUAACAAAGAAGGACUUCCUGACUGUGGUACCAUCAAUUCCUCUGUUUGGAAGGUUUGGCAAAACCUAUUCCAGAACUGGAACAAUAGUGUAAAUGUUUCUCCACCAAGCAAGUGUAUGACAUUUUAAAAGCUAGUAGUGGGUUUUUUUGGAAAAUGUAAAGCAAACAUGUUGUUUCUGGUCACCAUGGACUUCCUGACCUUUACCUACUGAAGGCCCCAGUAUGUAACCUAGUUUUGGAAUUCUGGAUGAAUAGCUCCAAAUCAAUCAGUGAGUAAGACAUCCACUUAAAUUGCCACCAUCAUAAGCUCUGGUAGUUUUUGUGAGGGGCAGCUGAAAACAUCUGUACAGAAAGAUCUCCCUCUUUCUUUUCCAAAUUCACAAACUCUUGUGUAUUUAAAAUCUCACGUCAGUUUUUUUCCAUUGACAAGAUUGAAAUCGAAGGCAUUUUUGGAGUGAGUUCAACAACUUGAACAAUUAGGUAAAUGUAUUUACUUAGAUAAUAAUAGUAUUUGUCUUUACAGUUGGCUUUGAAGUGUAGCAUUUUUCUUCAAUGGAAAAUAAACAAAAAUAAAAAUAACAACUUCUGCUUGUUA